AUGAUACAAAAUUUUCAAAUUUCUCUUCUAUCUUCUGGUAAUACCCAAGAAUUUGGUCAAUAUUUUCAAAAAUGUUAUCUGCACAAUAUGGAAUCCUGGGCGUACUGUUAUCGCUUGCAUGCAGGAAUAAAUACAAAUAUGAGCAUAGAACGAAUGCAUCAAACGAUUAAAUAUUUGUAUUUAAAUGGAAGACAAGUACGAAGGCUGGAUAAAACUAUCAAUAUCUUGAUUAAAUUAAUUAAAGACACAUUGUUUGAACGGCUUGUUACGUUGAAUAAAGGUAAAAUAUCCAGCAAAUUACGAGAGUUACGGAAAAGGCACAAAACAAGUCUUAAUAUAGAUAUGGACACCAUUGUCAUGUCUGAAAUGGGCUGGGAGAUACCAUCAAGUUCAACCAAUGAUAUCUAUUUAGUUCAGAAAAACAAACCCAGUUGUGACUGCCAAUUAGUCUGUAAUUUGUGCCAAUCCUGUCUACAUUCAUAUUCCUGUACAUGCUUGGAUAACAGUAUAAGAUGGAAUAUGUGCAAACACAUACAUCUUGUGUGUCAAUUUAUGAAAGGCCAUCAAAUUCAAGAUACUAAUGCAGAUGAAGAACAUAUAAUAAAUACAGAUGAGGUAAAAAUUAAACAAGCUACAGAGCAAGCUAAAUUUGUGGAAUUUGUGAGUAAGUCUUGUAAUAUCAAUCAAGAAAAAACGUCCAAACAACUGGAAGUUGAAAAACAGAAAUUGAUAGAAAUACAAACCCAAAUAAUUCAAAAUAUAACAAAUUUUGAACAACUUGAGGCAUUUAAAAGUAUUACAGCACCCUUGGUGCCUACAUUAAGGACAUUAGCAGAACAUUCUGGAAAUGAACUUAAUAGUGUGGCACUAUCUCAUGGCACACAAAACAUUCCACACAAUAAAAAAGUAGUUUCUCAAAAACGUUUAUUUUCCACCAAGAAAAAAACUACAAAGUCAAAAAAAAAGCUGUUAUCAAAACCUGAUGCUGAAGAAACAAAUUUGAUAGCAAAUCAAUUAAUGCUACAAGUAAAUAAUGUGCUCUUUAAUUAG